AUGCGGGGCCCAUUGCGGAGAGCCCUCGCAGCGCACGCCGGCCUGGGGCGCAGCUACAGCGUGGUGGCCUGGGGGCGCAACACCGAGUUCCAGUGCGGCGUGUCGGCCGCGCUGCCGCUGCUGCUGCAAGCGCGCGAAGUCGAGGCGUUGGCAGGCCUGCCCGUGGCCUCGCUGACCGCGGGCAAGACGCACAGCGCAGGGGUGCUGCGCGGCGGCGAGGUGCUGACCUGGGGGGAGGGACUGCACGGCAAGCUGGGCCACGGCUGCGUCGACAGCGCGCACGUGCCGCACUGUGUGGAGUCGCUGGCGGGGCGGGUGCAUGUGGUGGCGGCGGCCCUCGGGCGCCACCAUACCCUCUUUCUGGACUCCAGCGGCCAGGCCUGGGCAACAGGAGAGAACAAGGAGGGGCAGUGCGGGCUGGGCACGCCGCUGGAGGAGCUGGCGCGGCAGCAGCGGCGGCAGUACGAGAACACCUACCUCAAGCCCUUUGUGGAGCACCGCGAGCGCUCCGCUGAGCUGGAGGCGGCCGCCGCCAUGUAUGACGCCGAGAUGCGCAGCCUCAUCCAGCAGCGCAGCGCCUGGCAGCGCUUUGAGGCGGCCAAGGGAUCGGACAUUGCCAUCCCGGGCCUCAUGCCUGGCCAGAUCGCGUCGCCGGUGCGCCUGGGCCGCGCCCGCCAGGGCAUCUUCUCCCCGCUGCUGCCCGAGCUGGCGGGGCUGGAUGCGGAGCGCAUCGUGCAGCUCUCCGCGGGCCGGCUGAUGAGCGCCGCCGUGACGGCCGGCGGCGAGGUGUGGACGUUUGGCGGCGGCCAGGGCGGCGCCGGGGCGGCGGCCGGCGGCGCCGGCCUGUCGUCGGGGCCGCGCCCGGUGGACGGCGUUCUUGCUCAAGUGAUCCGCGACAACGGCGGCGUGGUCAAGGUGGCAGCCGGCGGCGCCUUUUGCGUGGCCCUGACCCGCUCGGGGCGCGUGGUGCUGUGGGGCGCGCCCGGCAGCGGAGAGUCGGCGGCGAGCGCGGCCGCGGCCGCGGCCGCGGCAACCGCAGCCGCAGCCGCCGCGCUGCCGCAGCGGCAGAAUGGCCGGCGGCGGCGCCCCACCGCGCGGCCGGGGCCGGCAGCUCCACCGCAGCCGCAGCCACAGCCGCAGCUGCAGCAGCAGCAGCAGCCGGCGGCUGCGGUGGAGCAGGAGGAAGUCCCCAACUUGCGGCUGCGGCGGCAGGCGGGCCUGCUGGUGGCAGAGGUGGUGGACCUGCCAGCGAUGCGUGACGUGGCGGCCGGCUUCUCCCACAUCGCCAUGACCGACGGCGCCAGCGUGUGGACCAUCGGCCGCCACACCCCCGCCACCGGCGCCGGCGCGCCAGACCCGCUGUGGCUGCGCCCGCGCCGGGUCAUGCACCGGCCCGACGACGGCGUGGCCAGCCUGGCGGCGGGCGCCUUCUCCACCGCCGCCGUCACAGGCGCGGGGGAGCUCUACCUGUGGGGCACGCUGCUGACAGAGGAUGCAUCUGCCGCGCUCCUUAAGAAGUCAGAGGAGGAGGUUCUGGGCCACUGGGCAUACAGCGGUACCGCUGACGUGGCGGCCACGCAGUGGAGCGGGUGGGAGGGGCUGGGCGGCGCCGAGCCGCGCCGCGUGCCGGGCCUGCACCAGGUGCAGCAUGUGUCGCUGGGCACCCACCACGCGCUGGCCGUGGUUGCAUGA